AUUAGCGAACAUUAUUAAGCACAGGACUUUGUUAGUAAUAUAAACUCUUUUUUUUAACAUGUCACGGGUACUGAUAGUUGGUGCUGGAUUUACUGGUGGAUUAUGUGCGUGUCUUUUACGCCGGGAGCUGUUAAACAAAGUGAAAAUAGUGAUCUGGGAUAAAGCCAGAGGAGCAGGUGGAAGAAUGUCUACGAGCAGAAGUCCAAGCAAUGCAUCUUGUACAGCUGAUCUCGGUGCUCAGUACAUCACUGCUACACCAUAUUAUGCCAAAACUCACAAAAGUUUUUAUGAAGAACUGCUUGGGAAUGGUAUUUUCAAACCACUGGAGGCCACAGUGGAGGGUAUGAUGAUGAAAGAUGAAGGCAGUAUAAACUAUGUGACUCCUUUAGGGGUUUCCUCUAUUGUUAAACACUACCUCAAAGAGUCAGGAGCUGAGGUUCUCUAUGGCCAACAUAUCACCCACAUUUACCGCAAAGGGUCAUGUUGGGAGGUGCACCGAAAAGAGGGCUCACCAGAGCAGUUUGAUGUGGUGGUUUUAACCAUGCCUGUCCCACAGAUACUACAGUUACAAGGAGACAUUGGCUUCUUGAUGAGUGAGUGUGAAAGGCAGAAGCUAGAGGCUGUUAGCUAUUCCUCUCGCUACGCCCUGGGUCUCUUCUACAAAGCCAGCGUGCACAUCGGUGUCCCCUGGGUGGCCAAGUAUGUUACCAAUAAUCCCUGCAUUCGCUACAUCGCUAUAGAUGAUAAAAAGCGCAAUUUAGAGUCAAAACAAUCUGGGCCCUCUGUGGUGGUCCACACCAGUGUGCCUUUUGGCACGGAGCAUCUAGAGAAAACCCUGGAAGAGGUCCAACCCAUAAUCCUCCAAGAGCUGCAAAAGGUGAUGCAAGGCCUCCCUGAACCUGAAAGCAUCAAGUGCCAGAAGUGGAGGUACUCCCAGGUGACAAGAUCGGUGGCUGACUGCCCGGGGCAGAUGACACUGCUCUCCAAGCCUCUGCUCGUGUGUGGGGGCGACAGCUUCACUCACUCCAAUUUCGAUGGCUGCGUCGAGUCGGCCGUGAAGCUCAUCGAGGUGCUGAAGUCGUCCGUCUGAGGUGGGGGUUGGUAGGGAAUUCUGGAUGGUUGGGGGUUGAAGAACUUGAAGAAGGGUUGCCAGCAGUGAAUCAGAACCAGCACCUCCCACGUCAGGACAGAUGUAAUGUAAACUGUGCCAUCUGGGGCCACGCAGACGGGUCAUGUUAGAAAACCUAUUACAUUGUCUGCUACAGAUUCAGAGGAUUAAAACAAGACAUCAAGUUAGAAUUGUGUUGCAAAAUCAUUUUACUUAACGUUGUGCUCUGUGGGGCAGUAAUUGAUUUGCAUCAGAUUGAUUUUCUAACAUUGGAAUUGUGAAUGUGAUAAUUCUAGUAAGUGUGUGUGUCCAACAAGCAAUAA